GAUUGGCUCCCAGUUGUGCAACCUGCUUAGGAAAAAAAAAAAGCAGCUGGAACAGGCUACGCUGCUUCUUCUGAUCGGGAAACAAAACCAACCUGCAGGGUGGGGUUGCGGAGGGGCCAUGGCUGCCAGGGACCUGGCCAGGAGCUUCCAGGACGAGGUGACGUGUCCCAUCUGCCUGGAGUGUUUCACAGACCCUGUGACCAUUGAGUGUGGGCACAACUUCUGCCGGGCCUGCCUCAGCCAGUGCUGGGGAGAGUCGGAGCCCAACUUCUGCCAGUGCAGAGAGACAAUCACACAGAGACACCUGCGGCCCAACUGCCAGCUAGGAAACUUGGUGGAGCUGGUGAAACGCCUGAGGCUCCCGGCGGGGCCAGCGCUCGAAGAGCAGCCAAGGUGCGAGAGGCACCAGGAGGCCCUGAAGCUCUUUUGCCAGGAGGAUCAAGCCCCCAUCUGUGUGAUCUGCAGAGAGUCCCGGGCGCACCAAGCACACAAGGUGCUGCCCGUCGAGGAGGCUGCCCAGGAUUGCAAGGAGAAACUCCAGAGGGCCCUGGACCUGCUCAGGAAGCAGCUGGAGGAGGCCUUGGUGCUGACUUCUAAAGAAAAGGAGAAAACCACAGAGUGGCAUAGGAAAGUGCAGGCGAGGCGGGAGAUGAUUGCCGGUGAAUUUAACAAGCUGCACAUCCUCCUGAGGGGGGAGGAGCAGCUGCUUCUGCAGAGGCUGGUGGAGGAGGAGAGGGAGACUCUGCAGAGGCUACAGGAAAAUGUCUCCAAACUCUCCCAGCAAAGCGCCUCCCUGCAGCAGCUGAUCGCAGAGAUCGAGGGGAAGUGUCAGCAGCCGGUUGCUGAGCUGCUGAAGGACGUGAAAAGCACGUUGAGCAGGAGUGAAAACAUGAAGCUCCAGGAAACAGAAGCUGUUUCUACUGACCUGCAGCGCGGGUAUAAAAUUUGUCUUGAUAUGAGGGAAGCUCUGAACAGAUUCGCAGUGGACGUGACUCUGGAUCCAGACACGGCAAAUCCCAACCUCGUCUCCUCUAAGGGUUGGAAACAUGUGAGAGAUGGAGACACGCGCCAAGAUCUGCCCGACAACCCCAAGAGAUUUCUUUAUUUUCCCUGUGUGCUGGGCACCGAGGGGUUCGUGGGCGGGAGGCGUUACUGGGAGGUGGAGGUGGGAGACAAGACUGAGUGGGACCUGGGGGUCUGCAGGGAAUCUGUGAGCAGGGAGGAGGAGGAGGUCACAUACACACCUGGGAAUGGAUACUGGGUCGUGUGGCUGAUGGGCGAGGAAUACAAGGCCUGCACCUCCCCCCUUACCCUUCUCCCCGUGAGCGCCAGGCCCAGCCGGGUGGGUAUUUUCCUGGACUACGAGGCGGGCGAGGUCUCGUUUUACAAUGUGACUGACAGGUCCCAUCUCUUUACCUUCACCGACACCUUCUCCGGGAUGCUCCGCCCAUUUUUCUGCCCUGGUUACGAUGAGGCUCCUCUGACCAUCUGUCCAGUGUUGGCCCAGGCAGGAGCGAAUCCCUGCUCCUGA